GAAGUCCCAAAAAAAUGAAAAGUUGAGUUCAGAAACAUUAAAAUCUUCAGCUCUUAGUACCUUAAAGUCGGUUGAUUCUAUAUCCGAAAACCUGAACCAGUGUGUGAGAGUAACAAGAAAACACCAGAGAGAAUGAAUGGGCAAAUGAAUCAAUCAGACGAACAAAUGCUAGCUAAUGAAACUGAGCCCAUUGAUGAUGACCAGGUUGCUUCUAAAAUAAUUUGUUCUGCAGGCCUUGAUGUUAAUGAAUCGAACAUUUCUGGUACACUAGAUAACUCUACUUCCCAUAGUACAAAGGUUGAAGAACCUGAUCAUUGCAGACUGAAGUCCAUGGAUGUACAAUUGCCCGAUUCACGGGGAUCAGUUGAGGGUUCCAUAAGUGAUGAGGAAAAAAUUAAUUUAUUAGGUGAUGUCUUAGAGGAAGAUUCAUAUGGUUCUGAUUUUGAGUCGGAUGACGAACAAGAGUUAGCUGCUGUUGUGGGUAUAGAUCAUGACCGUAGAGAAGAUGACGACUUUGAAGAUGGUGAGGUCAGGGAACAUGUGGAGAACACAGGGAUAGAAGUUCCAAUAUGUGAGAAGAAAGAGACAGGAAAUGGAAAUAAUGGGGAUACUGCCUUCAAGGAUUUUGUAGAUCCAUCUUCAACGUCAUUUGGAGAAAAAGAAAAUAUAGGAGAAGACCCUGGAUUAAUAGGUAAUGAUAAUACUAAUGAAAGCAUUGACACAUCUGUCAACAAGGAUUUGACUACCGAAGCUGAUAAAGAGGUCUUUAUGCAAGAACCUUCUGCUGUUGAGAUGCCAUCUAGUCAAGUUGACAAAAAGAGACCCAUUAAAGCCUUACCAAGAAAAUUGCCAGAUGUAUCCGGAAAGGAUACUGUGGAAGGGAAAGAGGGAGAACAAACAUCUAUUCAAGCCUCUGAUACAAGCCAGGGUACUUCAGCAACCAUUGCUCAAGGUGCAGAUGCUGACAGAAGCUCAGAAGGAAAAAUCAAUUCUAUUUUUCCGAAGCUAGAAGCAUGUUCAAAUGUUGAUGAUGCAGGUAAAGAUGCUGACAAUGGAGGUAAGAGUCGAAUUAUAAACUUGUCUCGAGCGACUAAUCUGUCAUCUCCUGGUAGAACAAGAUCUAUUUCAGGCAGGGCAUUGCAGUCACAAGUAGGAAGAGAGAGGCUGCCUGAUGUUGCCCUGGAAGGAGAUAAGUUGCAUCCUCGAGGGAGAGAUGAGCUUAUGCCGACAGUUCACAUAGAUUCCCAAGGGAGAGACAUCAUGUUCAUCCAUCCAGAAAUAACAGAAUAAAUUUUAUGCGUGGAAGAGUAGGAUUUCCAGUCGGAUAGUCACCCUGUGCGGUGAUCAGGAUUCAGAUUGUAACUUUGCAGGUCCUACAGAAUUUCGUGUAGUGAGAAAUAAAUAUGCAUCUGCUGUUUCUGAUGCAGAUCUAAACUUUAGUAGCUAUAAUAACGGGCAAGACGUUGCAUAUUUUGGUACAGGAAGAGGUGGGAGAAAGAUCUUGAAUGAUAAUUCAUCAAUUUUCCCCAGUUACCCCCAAGGAGGGGGUCUCCUGGUGGAAGAGAUGGACCUGCAGUACGUGGGCUUCAAAUGGUUUGCAGAAUUCCGAGAAAUCUAGUCCAAGUCGAUGCAUUGGUGAAGAUGGAUCAGAAAUAGUUGGAUUGAGGCAUAUGAGAGGUUUUGCUGAUGAUGACAUACAAACCCAUGUUUGCACGCUGCCAACCUUCAUUUGAGGGAUUAGAUGGUCCUUUUGUGAGGGGGAAUAGGGAAUUUACAUCUAUUCAGAGAAGGGGUCUUCAACGAACUUGUUCAAAGUCUCCUACCAGGCCACGAUCUCGUUCUCCUGGUCCAUGGUCUUCUCUUAGGAGGAGAUCACCUGAUGGAUUUGGAGGGCCUUUGGAAUUACCUCAUCGAAGAUCUCCACCAAUUUACAGGAUGGAGAGGAUAAGGUCACCGAUCGUCCUUGUUUUACUGGAGAUAUGGGUAUUAGAAGGCAUGAAUCACCUUCAUAUUUGUCUCGACCAUCUAAAGAUUUGAGGGACAUAGAUCCUGAUCAAGAUCAUGGUCAUCCAAGGUCUGGCAUGUCUAAUAGGAGCCCAUCUGGUAAAGUUUUACUUAGAAACAGAAGGUUGGAUCUUGAUCCUCGAGAAAGGAGUGACGGUGAUGAUUACUUCGGUGGGCCUAUGCAAUCUGGCAGGUUUCAUGAGUUUGCAACUGAUGGAAUGCUGAGAGGAGGAGGUAUGGUGGUAGGCGAGAACUGUUCGUCCUUUUAGACCUCCUUAUAGUGUUGCUGAUAGUGAGAAUUUUCAUUUCAAUACUGAAAGUGGCCCUAGGUCAUUUAGAUUCUGUCCAGAAGAUGAUUCAGAGUUGCAUGAAAGAGGAAAUGUAAGGGAAAGAGACUUUGAUAGACGGAUCAAAAAGCGACCAGGGAAUGCUCCUCCUCCUAGGAGGGCACGAAACAUUGAGGAGCAUGAAGGAAAUUUCAGGCACGGUGGUCAAAUUUGGCAAGGUGAUGGAUUCAAAGAUAUGUCACAAGUGAAGCGAAAACGAUUUUGAGUAGGUUUCUUUAUUGCCAUUGGUCACUUUUAAGUGGUGCAAGUUAUCGGAGCUGCAGGGCAGAAUCUGUUUAUUCCGUUUACUACAUGUUUAGGGAUUCUAUGUGUAAUGCUUGCCAUUCUUCUCUAUUUUCUGCAUAUGCUAGAAUCCCUUGUUUUAGGGUGUAAAAUAAAAUUUGGCAGCAACAAUAGAGGGAUCACUCAGAUGGAAAUUGUUAGUGCAAUGAAAGUAGACAGAACUUUGCAUGAGGAACAAAUCAAGACACUCAUCUGGCAUGUUUUGAAUGACUCCAACCAUCUGUUAUCCCCAACUUGAUCUUAGCCGGUUAUUCCUUUGGGCAGACUUUUCUCUGGCAGAGAAAAUGCUAGUGCUUGCGAUUUUAAGAUUGAAACGAAGUGAUGGUAUGAUCAGUUUAUCUAUUACUACAUGAAUAAAUUCUCUUUUGUGCA